UCGGGCGUCACCUCCGCCAAGAAGCCGACCGGACACCACCACGGCGAUCACCUCCAGCCCAACCAUGACAAUAACAGCGUUGCUGUGCUCUGAUCAAGCACCACCGGACGCCGUCGGCUCGGACCAUCAAGCCAUGCUCCACAACAACUCGCCCGACACUGCUGGUGGUGGCGACACCACUCACAGUCAACAGCAGCUCAGCUCCGACUCGAGCUCGCAGAGCAAAACCGACCAAAAGAUGCUCGACUACUUUAUGGAGUUCUCCAACUCGUCCGACGAGAACCGCAAGAAACUCACGCGUCGCGUCAAGCACCGCAUCAACAACAAACGCCACCGCCAGCGCAAGCAGGUUGAGCUCGACCAGCUCCGCCGCGACGUGCCUGACCUCGAGCGCCAACUACGCGGUCUCGAAGCUGUCGCUGAAUCACGGCGAGCGACCGCGGCACAGAAAAGCAUGUGGCACCAGCUUGCUCAGAUCGAAAAGAAAAAGCUCGACGACGCCGUCGAGGAGCGCGACGUCCUCCAGAAAACAAUCAAAGCCCACGAGGUGCUGGUCGCCCUUUACGAAACGCAGCUGAAAAGACCAGACGCUCUUCCGUGGCUCCAGAACCGACCAGCCUCUUUUCUCCCGGCGGCGCCGCCACCUUCGUCUAAUUCAACCUCGCCGUCCGACUACCCUCGUUCGCUCACCUCGUCGUCAGGUGGUCGAUCGAGCCCGCAAUCGGCAUCGUCGUCCACGUCGUCGUCGUCGGCAGCAACUCCGCUCCAGGCACCACACGACAACUCUGCAGCAAGACAACUUCCUCGUACAUGAACAACCCACUCUCCUCCAUCCUCUUCGUGUGUUGUUCGUGCCAUACAGGCUUUGCCUGCAUGACGAGUGCAUUUGACUCGGGUUUGAUGUGCUGUAGUGUGGGUGGAAAGUUGGUUGAUGUCUGCGGCGCCAUGCGACGACGUGUGAGAGAGAAGUGGAGUUGGGGGGGGUGGGCACUCUCGGCCAUGUCGCGAUCAGCACAGUUCGUGCUCCAAUCUGCCAAAAACGAACGAUCAUGACUGCCUUCGAACCUCAACGUCACGGGAUCAUGGCCCUGCCGUCGCGUACCGCGGCUAGCUGGCUCUGUCGUCGACUUUUCCUGUGUACAACAUGGUAAACAUCUUUCGUGCUCCAAACAUCACGAUCGGCGG